AUGCCCAACACCAUCCCUGCCAACGCAGUAUCCGACGAGGCUGCGCCCCCUCCCACCCCAGCAGAGAUCGAGAGGAAGCUGUCCAUCCGCUCCAUUGCACCCCCUAGUCGGAGUGUGGACUCGCCCAAGAAGCCAAGAAAACUAUCACAUACGCUGCAACAGAACCCCCAUGUUCUGUCGGGCAACGAAUCCGACUCGUCCAUCGCCUCUUCCAUCCCAGGCCUCGCUUCCCCCAACCUCUCCGUCCACCCCACCUCCCCGCUCCUGACGCCCGCAACAACAUCUGUCGGCGGGUUGUCGGCUAUUGCGGAGCGUAAAUCCGGCGGGGAUGAGGAGAUUGAUUCGAUGAUGGAUCUGGAAGAUGUGGAGGAGGAAGAGGAGGAAGGUGCGGAGAGCGGGAGUGAAGAUGGGGAGGGACAGGCAGAGUUGGAGCGGCGCAUGGAGGGGGAGCGGGUGAUCAAGAGUGGCUAUUUAUGGAAGAAGCAGGAGAAGAGAAGAGCGUGGAAGAAGAGAUGGUUUGUGCUCCGAACGGGCAAACUCGCAUACUACAAGGACAACAAGGAAUACUCUCUCAAAAAGGUGGUCGACCUGACGCAGAUCCACACGGUCGCCCCCGUGGAUAUGAAAAAGCACAACAACGCUUUCGGCAUCGUCGUCCCCAAGCGCACGUACUUUGUCAAGGCCUCGACGACCAGCGAGGUGGAAGAGUGGGUGCAUGAUAUCAACGAGAUGCGCCGGCGGCUGUCGGAAAAGGAAGAGGAAGAGCGCGGCAAGCGGGAGAAGGGCGAAUCUGGCAACUAUGCCCCCAAAGCCACAUCCAUGCCCAUCCCCGCCCCGCGCAUGACCCCCUCCGGCCUCCACGCCAUCGACACCAUCUCCCCCACCAACACCUCCAGCUACUUUGCCGACCGCACCGUCUCCUCCCCGCAACCCAUGUCGUCCACCGCCCAAACGGCCAGCAGCGUCUUUUCGCCCUCGAGCCCGAUAGACCACAACCUCACGACGCAGUUUGCGAAACUGUCCACGGGCCGGUCGCCUAGUGCCCAGUCGGCGCUGGGGCAGUCGAACUCGAGGGUGCCGUCGGGUAUCAGUUCUGCCGCGCGCGGCGCUAGUGGGUCGACUAACCGUGAACCAUCGGCCAGUAGCGUUUCGUCGGCUGGGCGAGCUGGGAAUUUGUCGGCAGUUAUGGCUGCGCCCCCGGUCAGCUCGGAAGAUGAAGAUGAGGUGGAGGGGUCCGAGACGCCGUUGGCGGUUAUUGACCCCACCAAGGUCAUCCUACAGACGUACUUGAUGAAGCAGAGUCGGAGAAGGAAGGAUGUAUGGAGAAAGCGGUAUUUCACAUUAACUUCGGCUGGUCUGGCGUACGCCAAGAGUCAUAUGGACAAACACACCCAAAAUAUCAUCCCUCUCACAUCCAUCCUCGACGCCCUAGAAGUAGUCGAAGACUCAUCCGCCUCCGACGGUAACGACUCUGACCGUCUCUCCUUCCACGGCCACACCCACCCCUCGCACCAUCCCCAAUCCCCCGCCUCACGCCCCUUCAUGCGCGGCCGUCUCGGCUCAUCCACCGUCUCUACCGAGAUCCACAAAAAGCCCUCCUCCUCCCAUCAAACACACCAGCAUCAGCGCAAGCGGAACCCGGAGGAACAUGUGUUCAGGGUCAUCACGGCAAAGAGGACGUAUCAUCUCUGUGCGCCGUCGGAGGAGGAUGAGAUCAAGUGGUUGGCGGCUGUGAAGGCGUUGUUGGAGAGGCAGAGGCAGGAGAGGGCGGGGUGGAGUGGGUUUGGGAUCAGUAGUCCAUUUGCCGGCUCCGGGCCUGGGAUCGGGGCUGGCGGAGGAGCAGCAGCGGUAGGUGGGGUACCACAGCGCAAGCUGAGCCUCCCGUUCAUAACCCAACAACCCCCCACCCCCGCCGGACCCUCCCCCCUUUCCCUAAGCCCAUCCAUCGUAUCCACCUCUGCCGGCCCGUCUUCACCUUCUGGUGAGACGCCCGCGGCGGCUACUUCGGCUGGACCACCUGCUUUGGCUACUUCCUUCGGACAACACGGCCAACAAGAACGAGGCCAGGCCGGGCAGGGGCCGGCUGGGCAGGGGCAGGGGCAGAUGGGACAGGAGGUGGGAGUACCGACGAUGAUGCCUCCUCCCGCAGCUGCGUCUGGGACCGCGUCUGGGUCUGGGUCUGGGUCUGGGUCUGGGUCUGGGACGGCGACGACGGCGCAAAGGACGAGGAGCGCGACCUAUACGGCCAAGAGCGCUGUGGCUGAUGUGGUGCGAAAGUUCCAUCCGGAGAGAGAGCGCGGGGAGUAA